CGUAGUUCGCCCUGCCUCCCUCUUCGAGGGAGGAAAGUUUGGACAACCGCAAAUGUCACAUAUGAAAUUCUCUUGCAUCAAGGAUUUCGAUGACCUGUAAGAGGCGUCACAGCGGAAAACGCCUUGGCAAACGAAACAACUCAUAUGAAAGAUGACACAUACAAAUGUUUCUGGAGCAGAAAAGAAAAUGCCAUCUCAAUGGACUCGCACAAACAGUGCAGAGAAGAAAGUGCCCCACACUCGCAUUGAGGAUGAAUCCGACAUACAGAAAAUCUAUUCCUUUGGGAGGAAAUUAGGUCAAGGCAACUUUGGUGUCGUCUGCGAAGUCACUCACAUUGAGACGCAGAGGAAGUGGGCAAUUAAGAAGGUGAACAAAGAGAAGGCAGGUACUUCUGGUGUAAAACAUCUGGAAAGAGAAGUGAACAUCAUGAAACAAGUGAAACAUGAACAUAUUAUACAUCUGGAGGAAGUUUUUGAGACGCCAAAGAGGAUGUACCUCGUGACUGAGCUUUGUGAAGGAGGCGAUCUAAAGGAUCUCCUGCAGAAGAACAAGCACUUCACUGAGGAGGAGACCAGACACAUCAUCAAAAGCUUAUCUGAAGCUAUUGUUUAUCUGCAUAAAAAAGACAUUGUUCAUCGUGACCUCAAACUGGAAAACAUUCUUGUGAAGAGUUUUCACCAAGGCAACGAUAACGAUUUGGUCAAUAUCAAGAUCACAGAUUUCGGACUCUCUGUGCAGAAGGGCGGUGUGGGCAGUGAAAACAUGCUGCAGGCCACUUGCGGGACACCUAUCUACAUGGCGCCUGAGGUGGUUAAUGGUCACCAGUACAGCCAACAGUGUGAUUUGUGGAGCAUUGGCGUCAUCAUGUACAUGCUACUGGGUGGAGAGCCUCCUUUCAUUUCCAGCUCCAAGGAAAGGCUUUCUGAGAUGAUUAUGAAAGGAGAGCUCACUUUUUCUGGCCCUGUGUGGCACACCAUUAGUGAUGCAGCCAAAACUGUAAUACGGUGUUUGUUGAAAGUUGACCCAGCUCAUCGCAUCACAGCCAAUGAGCUGCUAGAUAACCCUUGGAUUUCGGGGGACACCUCCACCGCUGUUACACGUACAAAUGUCUUAGAGAUGAUGCGUCAGUUCCGGAAUGCUCCAGAGGAUGAAGAGGGUGUGGAGAUGAGUGAGGGACUGCAAAACCUCUCUCUUACUUCCUCUCAGGACAAAGGGUCUGGGCCGAGAACAUCUCAAGAACUCUCAGUAACCCCAGCACCUCCUGAGGAUGUCAGAGAUAUCAGCAGUAGCAGCCAACACUCCACCCAAAACAAGAAGCCUCUGAAGAAAAAACUAUCAGCGUCCUCCUCUAACGGUGUUAAGAAGAGUGCGUUUAGUGCAAAGGCCUGCAGCACUGUCAAUACAUCCACUGCACAGUCCCACACAGGUAACAAACCCCCUGCUCAGCCAAGCGCAACAAGCUACAGCAAGGCCUCCUCCAUCUCAGGAUCCUGUCUCAAACCAUCAUCAACAGAAGCAGUCUCUGCAGCAUCCAACUCAAGCAGGCACGAAAGCUUGUCCCCACGACCCUACACCACUUCCAUCCACCGUUCCACCAAUCCAGCCAUUGGCUUCCGGGCUAAAAAACACAGCUAGACCUCGGCGGUGAGACUGCUUGAGUAGUUGCUUUCAGUGCCAAAGGUGAGGAAUUCCAAGGGGUCACUGCUACGUGGUGGGCCCGCUGGAUACACGAAUGACUCUUUAAGCCAGAACAGUUUUACAGUGAAGCUGAAGUAAAACUGUACUUCCUCCAAUGUGAAUGUGUUUUUUGAGGGUGAGCUACUAGAUAUUUUGGGGGUAAGUUGCUGCAUUAUUUUUUGGACCUGAAACAGAUGAACUCAUCGUGCCUAUUCAUGGCAUCUAACAUAAGGUGCAUAAGUCAUCUUUGCACAUUGAAAUGCUAUUAGCUAAUAAAUUCUCUAGAGAAAAAAGUAUGUUUCAUCAUGAAGGACUGUGAAGAAUGUAUUGACUAUAACAGGGUUUAAUAGCUUUUGCUCUGUGCUUUGCAAUGGUAAAUAGGCAAUAACAGAGUCAUUUGAUGCAAUAUUGAAACACAACAUAGUAUAUACCACUUUCGACUAAAGCAAAUGCCACAACAGUACGUGUAAAAACUAUCCUGAUGGACUUUAGGUUUUCUGUCUAUUCAUUUUACGAAUGUCUGCUGUUUCCUCUGCAGUUGUGCUAAUCACACUGGUCAUCUUUUGCCAAAUAACAUCAGGUAGCUGUUGUAUGUGAAUAGUUCUUUUUUGUUAGCCAUUAAAAAGAAGCCAUCCAAAAGCUUUUUGUCUUGAUUUUCAGUGACUCUUGUAUACAAUAUAUGUGACCCAUUAAUUCCCAAUACAUUUUUUCUUACCAAUGUUAGAUGUGCAGAACGCUUGCAUCACAAAUAAAUAAGUCAGGGG